UCGAACCAGUUCUGAGCAGUGUAGCCCUCCUGUCCGCUGUUCGGUGCCCGCUGCCCACCUCCCUCUCCUCCUUCCGACCUCGCCGCCUCCCUCCCUAAACUCUAAACCCUCCACCAGCCGAAGCUACUGCCGCGGCCGCAGCAGAGGUCGCGACGACGAACGCUGAAGAAGCGCCGGCGAGGGAGAGUCCUUUACUUUUUCCUAUGCUGUAGCAAAACAAGCCUAUACCAUCUUCCAAAUAUACUCGUUCCGUGCCGGCGGCCUCCCCUCCUACGCCCCUGUCGAUUCUUCAAUCUUCACCAACGUCUGCGCGUAGCAGGCUAGCAGUCGGCACGGCUUCCUCAGAUCUGCCGGACGACUUGUUGUUCGUCACCGACUCACCAGCAACCAAUGUCGGCCAUCAGCCGGCAGCAGGGGAAGCUGGGCGGAGGGUCAUUGCGGCACGGCGUCCAGGCGUACAGCAGGCACCAGCAACAGCCCAUGGCAAACGCCGCAGAUGACCCUAUGGUAGAUGAAGCCGGAGUAGAAGAUGCCUUCACACAUGAGAUCACCGAUUAUUUGUACGUCCCUAGAUACCAUGUGUUGAGUUGGAUGGAAACUGUGGAGGGGAUGGUGGCCGGUGUGGCGGCGCUUCCGCCGGUGUAUUUGAUACUGAACAGAGAUCUUCUUGAGACGGGAUGGGGAUGGAAGAGGCUGGUGCCCUACAGACCUGGUUAUGUUGAGUGGCAUGUGUUCAAGAAAUACCUUGGGGACUAUUUCGACCAUAAUCGUGAAGCUUUUCUUUGUGCCGAGCAGAAGCCUGAUCCAUUUGGAUGGAUUAUUGCUGAAAAGAGUGCCCUGAUUGCUGCAGCCAAAUUGUGCCUCAAGAUGGAGAAGGCACUUCUCAGGUACUGUGCUAGCUUUCUCACUCCUGACGACAAAAGGCUGAUCCUCGGGAUCAAGGACCAGGCAAAGCAAAUGAUCCAAUCAGAGGUGCUUCAAGCAAUGGUUCAAAUGGGUGUCCUUGUUCCUACUGGAGAUAUGACUGUUGUCAGAAGAACCGCUCAAUUUUUCCUUAAUAGCUUUCAAGAGUGCCUAACAGCACAAAGGAAGGAGAGAGAAAUGGCAACCGCAGAACUGGGUUUCAAAAAGCAAUUAACUAAGGAGGAGAAGUUUGAAAAGAGGAAGCAGAGACUUGCUACAAUCGGAGAGGAUCUUUUGGCGAUUGCUGCUGAUCAACCAUUUCGCUUCCCUGCCACAUUUACAUUUGUGGUCAGAGCAUUCUCAGUUCUAGAUGGUACUGGGAAAGGCCUUCAUCCUAGGUUUCAUAUUACAGAGAUUGCUAAGCCCUGAGUACUUUUUGCAUUACUAGCAUCUGAAUACUUAUUCAAAAACACACAAAGCUUGCACAUCUUCACUUAUUAUGUACUGUCUAUAUUUUCAUCUUGAACUUUUCUGGUACUGACUUGAAAUGUCUAUUAAAUUUGCUAGAAAUGCCAAGGAAUUGCUAAGAUUUAAUGACGCUGGUGUUGAAAUAGUUGUGAAGGCAAGUUUCAACAUUUGGUCAAAGCUGUUAACCUAUCUCUAUGAUAGCACAUCUCCUAAGGGUUAGGGCUUGUUUGGCUAGGAGCGGAUUGAAGGGGAUUGGAGGAGCCUAUUAAGCAUUGAACAAUUUACCCAUGCUUGUUUCCUAUUCUUUGGUCGUGAUAACGUUUGCAACCAUGAAUAGUACAUAUUGCUUUUCCAGGUGUGUGGAGAGACAUGUGUAUUCCUCCUAUGACGAAUUCCUCAGGCUCCAUGAAGGAUAUUAACGGUAUACAUCAACAAUUCAUUCUAUUUUAAUUGCUUGCAAAACUUUUUUGGCCCUUCAAAUGAGUUCCACGCAUCAAGAAGUCAAGAUUCCAGGAGGCCUAAAAUAGGAGAGGAGGGCGCAGCUUGAUUCAAUCCAUGUCAAGUCAAAGGCUGCUGCGAAGUUUGCACAUGCAAGUAGAAUUUAGAUGGUGAGGUUUUGUCUCUGUUCCCAUUUUUAUAACGACUAGGUGUUUGAAUUCCUAAGAUUAAAGUUUAUGUAGAUUCUUAUUUGUAAUUAGAUCUCUGUUAGGCAUCUAACUGAAUAAAUGAUCUCCUAAAGAAUUGACAGAUUCCAUCACUGAGCAGCCCUUCGCCCCGGUGGCUGCGGUGUCGCACUGGCUGACACCUGCUCGCAGUUGCAUUACAAGUUUUACUGACUAUGUAUUUUCAGGUUUAUUCAAUUUCGGUUCUAAUGCUUCUGACAGCAGUUGUAUCAGUCCUCUUGUUCAGCUUACAUGUAUCCCUCGCAUCCUUCCUUGGAUCCACAUAAGUGUUAAUAAUAAUUUUGUUGCAUCUCCUCUGCUGAUCAGAGCUUUCAAACUCAUGACAGAAUAAUGUACUAAACUUCAGUUUGGUGUCUAUCUCAGUGUACCUACACUCAGUUGGAAAACUUCAACCACACUGCAACAAGGUUUAUAAAAGGUUUGCUAUCAGGAAAAACAAAUUUAUGGGCUCAAACAAAGUGUGAUAGUGAAAGUCAUUUUGCUUCCAGCUUAAGAACCAAGCCAAGAAAACAGAUAUCAACUGUGACGCCACACUCAAAAGCUUGUUUGGUGGGAGGGACAAGGUUGGGAUGCUGGAGAUCUCCAAGCUUUUGAGUCGUGGCUUCCCGAAAAUCUCCAAGCUUUUGUGGUCCAUGGAGCCAGGGAUGGCUCUUUGGUAAAAGACUUCGUUGUGGAUGGCCUCUUUUAUGGUCCAUGUUAAGUCCCAAGUCCCACUAGGUGGUUAAGCAGAAAAAUCUUGUGAUGGCAUUAAGACUUUCAGACUUUGUUUUUGGGUCUGAUGCAUGUAAAAAGGAUUCCCAGUGUUUCUGUUGCUCUUGCGAUCCUGUGAGGACACAUAUGAGAGAAAUAUUUAGUUUGUUGAUGGCAAAUCUUGUCUUAUGUUCAUGUCUGUGCCUAUCUGAUCAAGCGUUAUGAUA